AAUUCCCGACGGGGAACGCGGUGAAGGGGGGUGGGAUCUGAACAUGGCGGCGGUGGUAGCUGCUACGGCGCUGAAGGGCCGGGGGGCUAGGAAUGCCCGCGUCCUCAGGGGGAUUCUCUCUGGAGCCACAGCGAACAAAGCUCAGAACAGAACUCGGGCACUGCAAAGCCACAGCUCCCCAGAGUGCAAGGAAGAGCCUGAGCCCCUAUCUCCUGAACUGGAAUACAUUCCCAGAAAGAGGAGCAAGAACCCCAUGAAAGCUGUGGGACUAGCCUGGUACAGCCUGUACACCCGCACCUGGCUCGGGUACCUCUUCUACCGCCAGCAGCUGCGCAGGGCUCGGAAUCGCUACCCCAAAGGCCACUCCAGAACCCAGCCCCGCCUCCAACCGUGAGUGAAGGUGCUUCCCAUCCCCGUUCUCUCGGACAACUAUAGCUACCUCAUCAUCGACACCCAGGCCCGGCUGGCUGUGGCUGUGGACCCUUCAGACCCUCAGGCUGUGCAGGCUUUCAUUGAAAAGGAGGGCGUUACCUUGGUUGCCAUUCUCUGCACCCACAAGCACUGGGACCACAGUGGAGGGAACCGUGACCUCAGCCGGCGACACCAGGACUGUCGGGUGUAUGGGAGCCCUCAGGACGGCAUCCCCUACCUUACCCAUCCCCUGUGUCAUCAAGAUGUGGUUAGCGUGGGACGGCUUCAGAUCCGGGCUCUGGCCACCCCUGGUCACACGCAAGGCCAUCUGGUCUACCUGCUGGACGGGGAGCCCUACAAGGGUCCCCCCUGCCUUUUCUCAGGGGACCUGCUCUUCCUCUCUGGCUGUGGACGGACCUUUGAGGGCACCGCAGAGACCAUGCUGAGCUCACUGGACACUGUGCUGGGGCUAGGGGACGACACUCUGCUGUGGCCUGGUCACGAGUACGCGGAGGAGAACCUGGGCUUUGCAGGCGUGGUGGAGCCGGAGAACCUGGCCCGGGAGAGGAAGAUGCAGUGGGUGCAGAGGCAGCGGAUGGAGCGCAGGAGCACGUGCCCGUCCACCCUGGGAGAGGAGCGCUCCUACAACCCGUUCCUGAGGACCCACUGCUUGGUGCUGCAGGAAGCUCUGGGGCCAGGCUUAGGCCCCACAGAAGACGACGACUACUGCCGGGCUCAGCUCCUGGAGAAGCUCCGCCGGCUGAAGGACCUGCACAAGAGCAAGUGACACCGACCCCAGCCCACCUCAGCUCACCCCCACCGUGGGGAGGCCACCCAUCGCCCACACACACCAUCCCUCCCUUUGCUACCACCAUCACUUCCAUCAGUGCCCACGGUGGCAUCAUUCCCCGAUGCUGUUCCGGGGGAGAGGCGGGCCAAGGCGAGGAGACCUUCAGGCCGAGAGGAAUGGGGCCCCUCGAAGGAAGGAGACUCCAGGGGGUGAGGCUGACUGGGAGGGGCCCCCUCCUCCCGUCCCCUGUUCCUGUGAUGGCCGUGAGGACGUGGUGGCUGCUAUGAGCCUCUCCCUCAGGAGACCUAUCUCUCAGUGUGGCCUCUGAACUCAGGGCAGCAGGUGCCAUGAAUAGGUUGAAUCCAUCUUUCCCCUCCUGCCAUUCAGGGCUGGGAAAGAAACUCAGUCCACCAAAGUGGUCUGAAGUGAGGUGCCUUGGGAAAGUGGUCGCUCAAAGGGGCACCUGGGCUCUGGUUUACUGAGACACUGCCCGUCUUCCCCAAGUCUCCCCACCCUGCCCCGCCCCCACAAAGGCAUUUUUCAAACAGAGCCAUUUCUGAGAAAGAUGAAAGGGCUGAAAGUCUGGCCAAUCUCUGCCUCAGUGACCCCCACAGCCUGGAAGAGGGAGGAUCCUGGUUGCCAAGGAAACCUUGACUUCAGGCUAAGGAGACAGUGGAGGCUUCUGGGACUGCCGUCCCACAGUCAUGUAGGCCAUUCGGGCUCCCCGCACAGCUGGCCUGGUCCUGGCUGCUGGCCUCUGCCCCUGCCCUGGGCCAACAGGGCCCCACCCUCCCAGGGGAGAGAGAGCUAUUGUCUGCCAGGCCACUGUGGUUCUCUUGUUGUGGCCCAUAUUCUUAGGAACUUCUGCUUUCCUCUGAUUCCUGCUUUAUCCUCAACCCCUUUUGUAAUUAACGACAUUCAUCUGACCCCUUGCAGUUUGCCAAGAACAUUCCAUGUCAUUUCUCAUUUGAUCGUUGGCCCCGUCCUGGCUGUGGGAAGGGGGUCUGUGCAGCAGAGUUCAGAAAUCAGAAGCCUGAGGGCAGAGAUCUCUCAAGUGAGUGGCAGCUUCCGGGACCCCAGGCCUGGGCCCUUCCCCUCUGCUCAGCCCUCCCUCAGCUCAGCUUCUCUGGUCUCGGGUCCACGUCCCUAUGGGGCCAAAACGAGGAACCCUGUGGUCCUCGAGCAGGCGUACCUUGGGUCAGCCAGGAGCCUUCUCUUCCUUCAAAGAGAAGCCUUCCUUCAGGCCCCGCUCACCUCUGGUGAGCCUCCGAGAUACUCCCUGCCCUCUGCUUCCCCUCAUCAUCUGGCUUCUGCCUCCCUCUCCAGCCACAGCCUCUGGUACCAACUCCAGCAAUACUCCCAGAAUAGUUAGAGUUCCCUGCCCCCUAAGACAUGCAGUUUCUUGCCUCUGUGCCUUCGCUCAUGCUGUUUCUUUGGACUGGAAUGCCUUUCCCCUGCUCCUCUUGCCUUGUCUGCCUGGCAAAUACCUGUUGAUCUCUCACAACCCCCCUCAACGGCCCCCUCCUCUAGGAAGAAAACCACCAUGCCCCUUCCCCCCGAGGCUACCUCUGCUCUUUGUAAAUGCUUCUCUUUGGCACUUAGCACACUGUAUUUUACUUGUUUACAUGUUUGUCUCCCCUUCCAGACUGUGAACCCUUCAGGGCAUGGACUGUAUCUUAUGCAUCUCUGUAUUUCUGCGCCUAGCACGGUGCCUGGCACACAGUAGGCGCUCAAUAAAUGUUGAAUGAAUGAAUGAUUUAACCGAG